AUAGUGUGCCUGAGAACUUGUGAAGUGCGCAUAGAUGUUGCGACUUGCGAGUGUGAGUCUAUGACAAUUCGGUGUUUGUUCCUUGGCUGUGAGAGUGGGGAUGAGAUGGUGUGUGUGUUUUGUUGUACGGAUAAUCUACAGCGAUGUGCGUAAACAAAUAUCACUGAAACGAUGUAUUUCAUCGGUAAAGAUUUUACUGCACUGAGAAUAUAUAAUAUUGGUGUCGACAGACCGGGAAUAAGUGUUGAAGUAUUCCCAAGUGGUUUGCGGCACUUUUGAGAACGCUCAGAUUGGUUGCGCCCUUUUCAAAUGGCACUCAGCUUUUAAGUAACUAUUUUACCAACAACGCAAGGCUGUGUUGCUGAUUUUGUAGUAUGGAGCUGCAGAAACUGUGCAUAAUUGUGAUAGCUAUGAAAAUAGUAUGAGACAUAAUACCAUCGCGUCAUGCACAGAGAAUCCAGAGGAGCCCUCCAUUCUCACAACAGUAAACAUCAAGAUGAAGAAAUACUAUCAGUUAGUUUUGGUGAUUGUGUCUGUGGUAAGUUUUAUAACACUUCUCUUCUACCGCCACGAGUACAACAGGCUACGUUAUGUUAUGGAAGUGCUGAGCUUUUUUGGAAAACCAGGACAAGUGGCUGAGUGCCUUCCUCCUAACAUCUCUCAAAAUUUAAAGAAAUCUGUCAGUUUCAUUGAUCCACUGCCAUCUUGGCAACGACUGACGGACACACAUUUUGUUUACUCAGCCUUCUGGGAAAAGAAUGAUAUCCAUAGUCAUGUGAAAGUUUUCUCUGUUGAAGCAGGGAAAACUAUUCCACAGUACAGUUGUGAAGUUUGGUUUGAAGACAAUAACACCCCAGUAACUGGAAGAUUCAGUUACACAAUAAUUCAGUCAAAAGAGAGUGCACUUACCCACGAACAAACUGUGAUUGCAGAUAAUGUUAUAGCUUAUAACUUGUACUGCAAACCAAAGCAAAUUCCUGGUAUUCCGUUUGGGGUUACAUUUUUCAAGACUGAUAGUUUGUUGCCGUCCCAUGUUUUCAUUCCUGUUGGUUAUCCUGUUGACAGACCAAUAUUAGAAAAUAGCACAGCAGUUUGCAUUGUACCCGGAUUUAAACCAGUACUGCAAAAAUCUGCAAUCAUUGAAUUUCUUAGCUACCAUCAUCUUAUUGGAGUAAAUGAAUUUAUAGUAUAUGACAAAGGCUUACCAAACCGAAUUGCUCAUGUGCUGCUGGAUCCAGCAAUUAAAGAAAAUUUUGGUAUUGCAUUGUCUUUGCUUCCCUGGAAUUUCCCAUUUCCACAUUUGGAAGCAGAGCCAGUUAUGAGACUUGUUGUCGAGAGGGACUGCAUACAAAGAACUGCUGGAAAAGUUCGGAAUGUGGCUGUUUUAGGUUGGGGUGAGUAUGUAGUGCCUAGGUAUCACCACACUCUUGCAGGUAUGUUAGAUGAUUUUGACACAAAGAAAAAAACAACCACCAGUUUUGAAAUACCAACAAUAGUUUUUUGUACUGAUCUCUUAGAACAUGACACAGACGAAUCUUUACCAUUGGUUCUUAGAAAGACGAGGUAUUACAAAGGAGACGACAUGGACCCCCCUCUGCAUCUGUAUCGUCCUCAGACGGCAGUGUCCAGGUUUACCGUACCCAGUACACAACGUGUUUCACAAGGAAUAGCUGCUGUACAUCGCUACAUAGAAUGCAUGCUUGGUACUGGUGAACAGCCAGUUGAAACUCUUCCGUAUGAGAGAGCUAUUCUUAGAUUUGCAGGGGAUUUGAAACGAUCUAAAUUGUUAAGAGCCUGGUCUUCAGGUAGACUAUUCUAAUUUUUAAUUUUGUUUGUAUGUGCUCAUUCACAUGACUGACAGGGGUGGUGUUCACAUUCCAGCUGGGCUUUAGAAACAUGCCUUCAGGUAAUGUGCUUCCAAUAAAGACUUAUGAUUUUAUUAAUUGGGAAAAUAAAGCACUUGAUGUGGUAAGAGAUAUAAAACUAUAUCUUACGCUAUAACUUAGUCUGCUGUUGGAGUAAUUUUAAACAGUAGCAGGCGCAAGAUAGAAUUGCAGAUAGCUGUGUUUUGUGACUCUUAAUUUUGUGCAGUGAUGCUUUUGUAUUAUUUUAUUGUAAUAAAAUUAUGAUUGUUAAUUGGAAACUGUGUUGUACAUAGAACUUUGGAAAUGUAUAUUUUGAAUAUUUGUAAUAGAGGGCUAUUGGACCAGCCCCUCAGCUAGCUUGAAUCAUGUAGUUUUCUAACUUCCCUUUAUUGUAGACUUUUUUAUACCUUUUUAUCUAGUCGAAGUAAUUCUGAAAUUUUUGAUCUCUCUGAGCUUCUCUGAUAAAUCAGGUUGUGUAGUAGUACAGUAUUGUAGCUCACAAAUAAGAUGUUACAGUUGUUCAUAUAAAAUUUCGCAUAAAUUGUUAAAAUACCAAGUAUGACAUACAGAGCCUGAGUUACAGUAUGGUGGCAUAGUUUUCUUUGUCGAUCUGUUGUGGCAUAAUCACAUUUAACAAUAUUGGUUUGUAACGUAAACGUACUUGCACAAUUGAGACUACUUGUAGCACACAGCUAUGUAAGAUUUAUAUGCUGUCACUGCAGCAGCUUAAACUGAGCAUUCAUUAUGUAUGUACAUUUGUAUAAAAUACUGUACAAUAAAUAUUUGUGAAGAGAUGUUUGAUUCUUAUAAUCUACAAGGCCUGGAUAGCUGCCAAAAGAAGGAAAGAAGGUUACUGGCAUGUGCAUUGUAAAAAGAUGCAUGUGAAGUAAAGAAAAUAUGUAUUUUUGUUUUCUUUUAGUUGCUGCAACACGACUGAAGGUUACAGUUUUCUAACUUUGUGCUGUACUGUGAGUAAAUGGUGAUACCUUCGCAGUGAUUAGAGCAGUGGGACAGUGAUUGGGUCCAAUUACUCAAGGAUGAACUAAGUGAUCAUAGGGGCUUCCAGUUAGUUUUGUAUUAGCAAAUAUUUAUCUGAUAUAUGUAUAUAUAAAACUGCUGAGUUAUUACAGGGUUGGUGGGCAUUUUGUGCACAGUAGUGACAAAGUUUGAUGAGCUUGCAUGUGGAGAACACAGGCUUAGAUUAUCAUCUCUGCAAAUGAGAUGGUUGCAAAUUUUAUGUAAAUAGUUAAUAACAGUGCCAUGAAUUCUUUCUUUGUGGUGGUAAGAAUUUUCCUGGUUUCUGAGCUCUUAAUUUUGAAGAGUAUAUGGAGUCAUUAACAUUUGUUAACCAUUCUGGCCUCUGUAUGUGAACCUCAGUGAUGGUACUUGACAGAUGAUCUUCCUUUGCUAUCCUGUCCUUCACUUUCUGUAGUAUUAUACCUAAUUUUAAGACACAUUCAUAGUAAUAUCCCUCCCGUUUUAAGGUAACAACAUCCAGAUGAUCCGUUCACAGAAUGACAAGUUUAAUUUUUCUUUCACUUCUUUUUGAUCUUGUGUUUGUUGGAGAAAAUGUCAGUCCCCGUGAUUCUUUUUUCCUACUCAUUUCUCAUACACAGCUAAAAUGAUUAUAUUCACAAGUUGCACUGCCUCCUGCUUUGCUAUUGCCUUACUAACGCUGCCCACAUGUUUCCACUCAGCUUGCAGUGCAGAACAAACCUGUCAUAUUUGCAAGCACUGUGCUUUACACAAAGGCAAAUUUCACACGGUUUGAGAUAUUUAUUAGCCAGUUGUUAACAAAUCAAAAUGUGGACAGUGAUAUUUCAUAUAAUUUCAAACGAAAUUUCAUUUAACGAGAAUGCAUUUCUCAUAUUAUGUGCUGUAUUAUUUCGACAAAGGCUGCAGUAGAUGUAUUAAGAGACGAAUUAUUGCGCCCAUCUAUCAUUAGGAGGAAUUUGUAUGUUUUCUGUUCUUUGAACAGAUAAGAUUCCGCGAGCUGACAGUAAAUUCUUCCAACCAGCGUAUCUUCUCAUUUACAUGUAACACUCGAUGAUACCUUUGUCUGUAAUACCAUAGAAAACUGAAGUUAGGAUAUUAUUUCAUUUUAGUAGUUAAUUGGACCUAAUCAGGCAUUUGCUGAAAAUCCUUCCCAAUAUGUUCAUCAUCUGGAUAGGUAAUAUACAAGGAAUACUUCUCCAAAAUAAAUGCUACGAAUUAUUUAAACCCCGGCAUUCUAAGACAACUAAUAUUUAAAGAAGUUAAUGUCCAAAAUAUGUGGUACUUCAUUGUGUACAUAUUUCAUGUAGUUCCAUUAAAUUUGAUCUGUUUUUGUUUUUUUAGUCAAUACUCUUAUUUUUAAGAGAAGCUUAUAAGUUUAUACUGUCAUAACCUUGUGGUUGACACACACAACUUUAGUAGGCCUCAUAUGAAAGAUCUCCUUCGGGCCUCAUAAUUCUGGUGGGGAAAAAAUCACGUGUAGAAAAAAUCUUUGUGUAAAUCAGAAACCAGUAACUGCUACCACAAAUAAUAUUCUCUGAGACUAUACCUUCAUUCUACUUAGUUGCAGGCUCCUUGAUAGUCUUUCCUGGGCCAACUGGUCCUCCUGUCUCUGCUCAGCUAUGUUCUAGAUAAGAGAUCUCAUCUCUAUAUUCCAAAUCUUCUCCAAGUUCAAAUUUCUCACAAGUAAACCUCAUUUUGAUGGGUUAGAGAUCCUGCCAAUGAAACUUCAUGUAGGGUUCGUUGCCACACACUCAAACUAAAUGAAGACCUCAUAGUUAUCUCUAUGGAGCUUUUGAAGUUUUAAUCCGUUCAGUUUCUUUGACUUCAUGAGGAUCAGAAUCCACUAGGACACUCGUUGCCCUAAGUUGUCCCAUAUUCAGAGUAUCUACCUGGCUGGAUGCUCAGACACUGGGUUAUUUGCCAAAAGCCAGUAUUUAAGAUGCUGACAAGCUAUUUUAAUAAUGUAAUUUUUAUUUGUUGCAGUGUUUGAAAGUUUAUUCAUAUAUAUCGUAGGUAAAAGGACAAACACUUUCUUGAUGUUCUGCAAAUAUUAUUUAUUUAAUUAUGAGCCACAGCAUAUUAUAGAAUGUUUGUUCACUGUAUUAAAAGGAAAUUUCUCUUGACAGUAACAACAAUCCUCCAUUUUGUCUCUGUUUUUACAGUUUUCCAUUUUCAUGUAAUAUAGCAGGUGCCCUAUUCAUAAGAGGCCCUGGGAAAAGUGUUAUAAAAUCUUAAUAGAAAAAGGAAAAACCAAGAAAUGAAGGUACAGUACAAGAGGUGCUACAAGUUAUCUCCCUCCCCCCUCCUCCCCCAACUGUAUACACAGUUCAGCACAGUACUGCAUGUUCUUGUAUGUUGCUACGAGAGUUCUGAGCGUGACUACUUCAAUUUCACGGUGUCUGUUCUCACAAGACUCACUGAUGGUGCAUGAUUUGUUCAUGUACACAUUAACUUUAAGGCUAUACAACAGAAAAAAAGUUGGAGGGGGUGGUAAAGUCAGGUGAUCUUGGGGAUCGUAAUCCUUCAGAAAUCAUGUCAGUGAGAAAUGAUUCCACCACAGCCUUACUUGUUUUUACAUGUGACAUAUUGCCCCAUCUUACUGGUACCAACCAAAUGUCAGUUCCUUAUCGUGCAACUGUUUCACAAUUUCAUGAAACAGUACAUGGUACAUUUCACUGGUGACAGUGGCAUGAAAAAAUAAUUGGCCCAAGAUAACACAGCUGUGAUACUGCACACCCACCUUCUGUGAAUGAAGGGGUUCCUAAUAACUGUAUGCUGGUUGUCACUACUCCAUAAAUAUGUUUUUUGAGUGUUCAUGUAUCGUGACAAGUGUACCACGCUUCAUCACUGUAUCGUGUGUACUGCAGUAUUCCUGGCCUUUCAGCAUUAAAUCACUGAGACUAAUUACAGUGUGUUAGGCUUCUAUUGUGGUCAGUCUGUAUCAGUUUGUGGACAACUGUGAACUUGUUGGGAUACAGGCCUGCUUUCUUAGCAGCUUAGUGACAUGCACUAAGUGGUAUUUCAGAUUCCUGCGAUAAAGACAAAGAGAAUUUGUUGGACAACACCAACAGUUAUGUCUUUGUGUCACCCACACUUUUCUCUGAUAACUGCUGGCACCACCUCACCUCCCCCAGCCUGCAGUACAGAUCUAUCCUUUCUUUCAGGAGUGCUAGUUCUGCAAGGUUCGCAGGAGAGCUUCUGUAAAGUUUGGAAGGUAGGAGACGAGAUACUGGCAGAAGUAAAGCUGUGAGGACCGGGCGUGAGUUGUGCUUCGGUAGCUCAGAUGGUAGAGCACUUGCCCGCAAAAGGCAAAGGUCCCGAGUUCGAGUCUCGGUCGGGCACACAGUUUUAAUCUGCCAGGAAGUUUCAGAUCGAACAAUGUUUCCUUUUUAUCCAGCUUCAUCACCAAGCCUUUGAUACACUGUUUAGAUGGUUUAUGUGGACCACGGAAACAUUCUAAACAUAGUUGCUGACUUGUCUUAAAGAAACCACUUACCCAAUACUACUUCACAAGUAACAUGUACUCUUCCACAGAAUAUUGGUAUCGUCAGAAUCUACAGUCAGAAGAAGCAAGUCACACCGAUCACCAUGAACAGGAAGCCAAGGUAAACUGAAACAUGAGAUCCACACACUGCUCGCGCAACCUUGUUGUUGCCACAUUUCACAGAUACUGCUGUGUCAACAAAUUAGGUGUAAAAUCCUCUGUGAAAUCCAAUAUUCUGGCAACAACAGUCACAAACAUUCAACUUGAACUGUGUACACAUGUGCAUGUAGGUCACUUCCAGGACCUCUUGUAAUGUACCUUCUCUUCUCAUUCAUAAAGGUAUGUUGUGUGCAAGUUUGGUUACAUACACUCUUUCAUCAAGCUUUUUAACACUUUCCCUAUUGCCCCUUAAGAGUGGGACCCCUGUAUAUGCAGAUAUAUUUGUAUUUUCAGAAUGAUCAGUUAGUGUUCAAAUUUUGUAAACUGAAAAGCUACAUAGCUACCCAUUCUUAAAAGAGCAGAGAAUGUGGGAAAUAUUGCAGAGCUAGGAAAAGCUGCCAUUUUAAGGAUGCCAUUGUGUUGCUCACACUUCCUUUCCAUAACCAUUAUGAUUAAAAUGUAGACCUGUUCAUAAAUAUGUACCUCUGAUUCUGCCAUAUGUGGUUAGUGAUGACUGUGUGUAUCUCAUUUUCAUGGCUGUAACUAUUGCAUUGUUUUCUCACUCUUGAAAGCAAAAAUAGUUCAGAGUUUACCAUAUAUACUCUUUACCUUACGGAACAGGUUGAUUCUUUGGAAAAUCAUGAAAUACAUUAGUUGAGAGCUAAUGGUCCAUAUUUUCUGCUGAGAUGGGUGAGAGUGGCAUCUGACAGUGUUAGGAUCAUGUACAAAAAAGGAAUUGCUGCACAAUAAGUGUUGUUUUUCAGCAGCACUGUAAGACAGGUGAGGAGCAUGCACUGACAAAUGCCAAUUUUAGUGAACGACUGAAACAAUAAAAAUAUGCUUGAAAAGUAGUAAAGUUGUUCAUUAAAGUCUGAAAUGUUCAGAUAAUUUGAUACUGUGAAGGGCCACUCUCUAUGGAUCUGUUUCAGGUUUUCACAGAACAAAUAUAGUUGCAGUUUAUUUGUGCUACUAUUCUGUACGAUACGUGAUUUUUGAGGAGAAAAAGUGUAUGUUGAGUAUUGGUGACAGUGAAGAUGGGGGGGGGGGGGGGGGGGGGGAAGGAAGAUGUGCAGAAUUGAGUGGAAGAACUGUAACUUAUUGAUUGGGGGUUUAUUAUGUAUGGGGAGUAGAAAGGAUAUGCAGAAGCAAGGCAAAUAACACUGCUACACAUGUUGGAAAGAACUGCACCUUGCCAGCAUAGCAGUUGUGUGGGCUU